AUGUCACAAAAGGCUGAGAUCAAUGAAUCAUCCAUACAGGAGUUUCCGGCACUCCUGAAUGGGGAAGCGCAGCCUUCUAUGGCUGCGCAAGCACAAGUCAAUAUUGAAUGUCCCUCCAGCGAAUUACUACGGGAUUCCACAUGGAAGGAUGAUAUUCCUCUUCAGGCUAUAGUGCAAACGGUAUGGACUGUUAUUUUGAAGACUUUUACAGGGGAUAGCACUAUUCGUGCGGCAUCCCUGGCUAAAACUCAUGGUGCCAACCUCCAAUGUGGUCUCAUCGAGACAUCGGUAGAGGAUGAGGCAACUUUGAUUGAGUUGGUUGGAUCGAUCCAGAAUAGUACUAGGAAUAUUGAAUUAGGUCAGAUUGAAUCCCUACCAUGUAAUUCUUGUGUCUGCGUGGUUGAAACAACCGACGAAAUCGACUGCAAGUUGGAUCAAUUUGAUAUGUCAUUGCAUGUAAUGGCAGAUGGACCACGGUUGCAAAUGUCCCUGUUCUACAACACAGGCCAUGUGGCGCCGUCUUAUGCGACUAUUGUGGCUGCCACUAUCAGCCAGAUUCUCGGGGAAAUAAUAGCCAACCCUUCCCAAAAGCUCUCCGAUAUCAACCUGCUCCAUCCGCAGGUGUGGCAUCAAUUACAAUCCUGGAGCAGCAUUCCAAGCGCGUCCAUUGAUUACUGUGUGGGUGCAAUGUUUGAGAAAACCGUUCGGGAGCGACCAUUUCAUAUUGCCGUGCACACCUCUGAGGUGGCUCUCAACUAUCAGGAGCUCAAUACUCUCAGCGCACAACUCGCCCACCACCUGAAGGCCAAGGGAGUAAGGCCAGAGUCGAUUGUCGUCUUAUGUUUUCCCAAGUCGGCCUGGGCGGUUGUCGCCAUGAUGGCUGUGAUCCGGGCCGGCGGUGCAAUUCUGUUUCUUGACCCAUCACAUCCCCCAGCACGGCACCGGGAGAUCGUCGACCAGGUUCGCGCCGAGUUGAUCCUGACUGCGCCAGAAUACACGCCCCUUUGGGGGUGGUUUGAAGGUAGCGUCCUGCCCAUCCAUCGUGGGUCUGUAGACUCGCUGCUGCAACCUGAGCCUGCGGCCGGGCCUAUCGGAGGGGAAAGGGUCCCGUCCACCGUCAAGCCCUCCAACGCCUUAUACGUGAUUUUCACCUCGGGAAGCACAGGAAAGCCUAAGGGCUGCGUGGUCGAACACCGCCAGUUCCUUGCCGGCUCUCUGGCGCAGCGGAAAGCCUCGCGGAUGAGCCACAAGGACCGUGUUCUGCAGCUGGCCUCGUUCACCUUUGACGUAUGUAUCUUGGAGAUCAUCACCUCACUCAUUUCAGGAGCGUGUGUGUGUAUGCCCAAUGACGAAGAGCGCUCCAAAGGGCCCGCGUCCUGCAUUCAACAGUUCGGCGUUACGUGGGCCUUUCUCACCCCCUCCCUGGUGAAGCUCGUGACACCAGAGAUGGUUCCCACACUCCGGUUCCUGGCUCUUGGGGGUGAGGCGGUUCAUAGAGAGAAUAUCCAGACCUGGGCAUCACAUCUGCGUCUGGCAAAUGGGUAUGGACCUACCGAAUGCUCGAUCGCUGCCACGCUGAAUCCCCAACUCUCGCUCCAGACGAGUCCCGCCAACAUCGGCUAUCCAUUGGGCGGGUGUUGCUGGAUCGUGAGCAAAGACAGCCAUGAGCGUCUCAUGCCCAUUGGCGCCCCCGGGGAGCUCGUGAUCCAAGGCCCCAUUGUUGCCCGGGGAUACUUGAACGAACCGGAAAAGACUAAGGAAGUCUUCUUGGAGUCGACCACAUGGAGCCCCGCCGAGCCAUCGGGUUUGUCUCGGCUGUACAAGACGGGCGAUCUGGCUCGAUUCAAUGCGGAUGGUAGUUUGCACUUCAUUGGCCGAAAAGAUAGCCAAGUGAAACUGCGCGGUCUCCGGAUUGAACUGGGGGAGAUCGAGCAUCGACUUGUGGCUCACCCCCUGGUGGAACAAGCGGCCGUGGCGUUGGCCAACCGAGGACCUGGUCAUGGAAAGCUGUGUGCCGUGGUCUCAUUAAGGAAAUUCCAACAAACAUCGCCGACAGUCGAGCUCGUUGCAACAAAGGACAUGGAGUCCGCGAUGGUCGAGCUCAAGGCCGUCGCCGAAGCUCUCUCGGAGCAGCUGCCUAGUUAUAUGCAGCCGACUCUCUGGGCCCCCGUGAGGUCCAUUCCCCUGACUAUUGCCGGAAAGCAGAAUGGGAUGAUGGUCCAGCACUGGGUGGCGGACAUGCCGCUGAAAAUUUUCCAUUUGCUCACCGGCCGGAGUGAGAGCGCGGAGGUCGAGAGGAUCCCAGCGUCGACAGAUCAGGAACGAGAGCUGCAAGCGCUAUGCAGCACCAUUCUGGGUGCUCCACACCCAGAGCAUGUCUGGCUGAACAGGUCCUUUAUCCAGAAUGGGGGAGACUCUAUUCAGGCAAUGCAGUUGUUGGAUCAAUUGCGCCGGAAGGGUGCGGGCGCCAUGAAGCUCGAGGAUAUACUGCAGAGCGCGACGUUAGUUGACAUGGCCCAGCGAAUGGCCGAGCACGAGCCAAUCGAAGCUCAGUGCGACAAUGACGGCGAUGAUGCACCGGCUGCUGCAUGGGAUGAGGAGAGAAUCUCGCAGUUAGGUCUCCGGACUGACGAUGUGGAGGAUCUAUACCCCAUUUCGGCCGUCCAGCGUGGGAUUCUACUGGCGCAACAGCAAGACCCAGACAGGUACCAGCUGCGGAUUACCUGCGAGGUCCUUCCUCCACCAGGAGAGCCUGUGAGACGGGAACGGUUGCAGAGGGCCUGGCAACAAGUGGCCGAUCGCCACCCUGCCUUGCGCACCGUCUUUGUAGAGGCGGAAGCCGAGGACGGACUGUGUGAUCAAGUGGUGCUGAGGAGGAGCCAUAUUGCGGUUGUCGAAUGGAGCCACGACGAUGAGAACGCAUUUUGGGAACAGUUGGGUUUGUAUACCAGGGUGGACCAGCCUCUCCAACCGCCAGUCACCUUCAUUGUCUCAUCCAUCAAAGAGGGCAAGACCUUCUGUACGUUCGACAUUAGUCACGCUCUCAUUGAUGGUGUCUCGAUCUUGAUCUUGCUCCGCGAUAUCAGCCAGGCGUAUGGAGGCCUGCUCGUAGACCCCCGUCAGACGGUGAAAUAUGCCCCGUAUAUCCAUUAUCUGCAGCGUCUGCAGGUCAAUACGUCGCUUAAAUACUGGACGGAGUAUCUGGCGGAUGUGCCCCCAUGCCAUUUCCCGGUGGUGAAUGACGAUAUCACCGACGACAACAAACUGCAUGAGCUGGCGGUCGACAUGGAGAAUGCCGACGCCAUCCAUGCCUUCUGCGCGGCACACAAUGUUACACCAGCCACCGUAUUUCAGGCGGCAUGGGCCUUGGUUCUCAAGACCUAUACGGGCCAAGAUGAUGUCUGUUUCGGAUAUCUUACCGCCGGCCGUGACCUCCCCGUCCCGAACAUCAGUGAUGCAGUUGGGGUGUUUAUCAACAUGAUGAUUUAUCGCAUGCGUCUUUCUUCGGACCAUACCGUUGCCACUCUGAUCAAGGAAACGCAGGAUGGAUUCCUGAAGGGUCUGUCCCAUCAGCACUGUUCGAUAGCGGAGAUCCAACAUGCUCUGGGAACGGGCCAAGCCUUGUUCAACACAAUCCUGUCUCUCCAGAGCUCUCUGGGAGAGGAGAUCUCUGGCGGAGAUCCAGACAGGACGAUCCGCUUCCAAGUCGUGGGAGAGCACGACCCGACAGAGUAUAAUGUCUCGGUCAAUGUCUUUGUUUCCAAGGUACGUGUAUCCCUCACUCUCCGAUAUUUCACUGCGACUCUGAGCGAUGCAAUGGGCGCGAAUGUCGUUGCGACAUUCCGCACCGCCGUUCAUACCCUAAUCCACAGCCAUAAUUCGUCACUAUCCAACUUGGAAUUCCUCAGUGAGCGUGACCACCACCAGAUCGCAAGCUGGAAUCGUGAUCCAUGGCAAGAGAUGAGUGCCUGUGUGCAUGACGUGGUCCACCGGCAAGCCCUGGUGCGCCCCGGGGCCCGAGCCAUUGAUGCCUGGGAUGGCGGGUUCACUUACGAGGAGCUGGAUCACACCGCCACAUCGUUGUCCCUAAUUCUAAAAGAAAACGGCGUCGGGCCGGAGACGCUUGUGCCCCUCUGCUUUUCCAAGUCGUGCUGGACGGUUGUCGCCCAGCUGGCCACGCUCAAAGCCGGAGGAGCGUGCGUUGCGUUUGAUCCCGAGCAUCCGUCCAAUCGCCGAGAGGAGAUGCUCCGGCAAUGCGAUGCCACUGUGGCCCUCGUCGCAGAGGGCUAUGAAUCACUCUUUCAAGGUCUGGUCCGUACCGUGCUCGUGAUUGGGCCGCGGUGUGUCGACGAUCUGCGAGCCGAUCCGCGCGCGACGAUGGACUAUUCUACUGUUUCACCGGUGCAUCCCGCUUUUGUUGUCUUCACCUCUGGGAGUACCGGAAAGCCGAAGGGAAUCGUCCUCGAGCAUCGUGCAAUCUGCAGCAGUGCCCAAGCCCAUGGCCCGGCCAUGAACUACGGCCCAGACGCCCGCGUGCUGCAAUUUGCCUCGUACACAUUUGACGUAAGCAUCGGGGAGACGUUCACUUGCCUGAUGAGCGGCGGAACCCUCUGCAUCCCGAAUGAGGAAGAGCGGCUUAAUGACCUCGCGGGAGUGAUCAAUCGCAUGAACACCACGGUGGUGUAUCUCACCCCGUCCGUGGUCAGCCUUCUGGACCCAUCGCAAGUCCCGGGCGUCGGGACAUUAGCACUGGGGGGUGAAGCGGUGCGGGAGGAGAAUAUCCUCGCCUGGGCCGACAAUACCCAUCUGGUAAACAUCUACGGUCCGGCGGAAUGCUCUGUCUGGUCCACGGGGCUCCAGGGCGUGCCGCGAUCCGCUUCCCCCCGGAAUAUUGGACACGGCCUCGGGGCGCGGAUGUGGAUCACCCAAGCCGAUGAUCCAUCUCGCCUGUGUGCUGUGGGUGCUGUCGGAGAGCUUCUCAUUGAAGGGCCCAUAGUUGCGCGAGGCUACCUCAAGGAUGACGCCAAAACAGCCGCCGUAUUUAUCCCCCCGCCCGCAUGGCUCGCCGAGUUUGAUUCCGAUGCAGCCCAGGGUCCAAUCCGCUUGUAUCGGACCGGUGACCUGGCUCGAUACGACUCCGACGGCUCGGUCCAUUUCAUUGGGCGUCGAGACCACCAGGUCAAGUUGCAUGGCCAACGGGUUGAAAUGGGAGAGAUUGACCACGCUCUUGUAUGCCACGAGGCGGUGCAGAAUGCGUUGGCGCUGGUACCCAAAGAUGGUCCGUUGAAGGGAAAGUUGGUAGCAGUGGUUGCACUCAAGAAUCCUUGCGUCCCAUCGUCUGCCCCGGAUACAAGCAGCCGCGUCGAAUUUCUCGAGCAUGGCAAUAGCGAGGACACCCAGAGAGAUCUAUCGGACAUCCGACAGCGAGUCUCAUCUCUCCUACCGGCUUACAUGGUGCCCUCCACCUGGCUGGUUGUCCGAUCAAUUCCGAUGACCAGAAACGGGAAGUCGGAUCGUCCAACCGUCACGGCUUGGGUAGAGACAUUGAAGGAGGAUUCCCUGGGCGUCCGGCUGGAUCCGCACGAAACAAGUCGUGCGGCGAACCAGAUGGAGACGGACCUCCAACAAGUCAUCAGCCGUGUCCUCAAUAUCCCAGUGACCAAAGUCUCCAUGGACCAGAGCUUCCUGGCCUUGGGCGGUGAUUCCAUUACAGCCAUGCAGGUCGCCUCCCGAUCCCGAUCCCGAGGCCUUGGGGUGGCCGUGAAGACUAUCCUCAAGAGCAAAACCCUUCGCCAGAUAGCGAGCCAAGCCACCAUGGACGCGACAGGCCUUCCCUCUACUCCCAGCAAUGGCUCAACCACACUCCAGCCCUUUGCACUGCUGCCCACUACGGAUCGCGCAGACCUGGAGGCAUUGGCCCAGGAACUGGGAUACAUGGGAGUAGCGGACUUGGAGGAUGCCUAUCCCUGUUCUCCGAUGCAGGAGGGGAUCCUGAUCAGCCAGUCGCAGGCACCAGAGACCUAUAAAUUCCACGCAGUCUGCGCCAUCCGCGCCAAGGACCAUGCAGACCACGUCGUUCUGGACAGUGUGCGGCGGGCGUGGCAGUGUCUCGUUGCUCGACAUCCCGCCCUGCGGACGUUCUUUGUCGAGGGACUCUCGCAAGAAGGGCUGUACAGCCAGCUGGUUCUUAAGGAAUACACCCCCCGAAUCGAGACGGUGAAGGACCUGGACAGCCUGCAUCGAUACCCGUACGAACACCCAGUGGACUACCACGCACCGGUCCCACCGCAUCGCCUGGCCCUCUUCGAGAACGACGAUGGUGUCGUGUACUUCAACCUGGAAAUCAGCCAUACCGUGAUCGAUGGCGCAUCCAUGGCCGUUAUCCUGCGUGACCUGGCGGCCGCCUACGGUGCGGAGUUACCUCCACGGCCGGUGUAUAGAGAUUACAUCGCCCUUUUGCAACGCCAGUCCACCGAGGCCACGCUGCGUUUCUGGACCCAGUAUCUGGAAGGGGCCAAGCCAGUCGUCUUCCCAUCCUUGUGUGAUCACCCAGAACCGACCAAGGAACUGCGGGUUGUCAAUAUUCCGAUUGCACAGGCCACAUUCUCCCGCCUCCAGAGCUUCACCAAGCACCACGAGGUGACGCUGGCCAACAUCUUCCAGGCCGUCUGGGCCGUGGUCCUUCGCGCGUACACCGGCGAAUCGGAUGUCGUCUUUGGAUAUCUCUCCUCUGGCCGUGACACGGAAGGUCUGGAUUCGGAUGUGGAGCAUGCCGUGGGCGUAUUCAUCAGCAUGUUGGCGUGUCGGGCGGAGGUGGAUGAUGAUGCCACGCUGCUGGGGAUCACCCGGAGAAUGCAUGACGACUUCCUCAAUUCGCUGCCGCAUCAACGAACGUCCUUGGCCCAAGUGCAGCAUGCCCUCCAACUGUCUGGAGAACGCCUCUUCAAUACAAUUCUCUCUCUGCAACGCCCCAUGGUCGAGUCGAAUACCAACGAUGCGAUUACAAUCGAGUAUCUCAGCGGCAGUGAUCCAACCGAGUACGACCUGGGAGUUAACAUUACCGUUAGUGAGGACGCGGUUGAUGUCUCCAUCAAUUACUGGAGCACCGGCCUGUCGGACAACCAGGCCGACUUGUUGGCGUCCACCUUGUCGACCACCCUUGCGACCCUUCUGGCGACGCCGACGAAACCAUUGAGGGAAGUAGACAUGCUCGGUCAGCAACACAUGCGAUACAUCAACUCGUUGAACAAUCACGGCACGGUGCCUGAGACUACGUACGACUGCAUUCAUAGCUUAGUCCAUCAUCGCGCCACGCAGCACCCCGAUGCCGCUGCGAUCGACGCCUGGGAUGCGUCCCUGUCCUAUGCCGAACUGGAUCAACUGUCUGCGCAACUCGCCACCCAUCUGGUCGUCUUGGGAGUGGAGGUGGAAGAUGCCGUACCCUUGUGCUUUGAGAAGUCUGCCUGGGCUGUCGUGUCGAUGCUGGCGGUCCUCAAGGCCGGCGCGGCCUAUGUAUCCAUGAAUCCCUCCCACCCGACACCGCAUCUGGCCAACAUCAUCCACCAGACCAAGGCUCGGGUCGUUCUCGCUGGCUCGCACGCCGACGCCCGAAAAGUGCGACCGUUGGUGGAUCGGAUUGUCGUGGUCGAUCCCGCAUUAUUUCCUACCUUGCGCAAGCAGGACCCGGCGGCUCUGGCCCCGCGUGCAUCGCCGGACAAUGCCGCUAUGAUCAAUUUCACGUCUGGCAGCACGGGCAAACCGAAGGGUAUCGUCGUGCUGCACAAAGGAGUCUGUUCCCUGGUGGCCCACAACCCCGACCUGGGGAUCGACCACGCUUCUCGCGUCCUCCAGUUCUCCGCCUACACGUUUGAUACCAGCAACAGUGAGAUCUUCAUCACCCUCUGCAGGGGCGGCUGUGUCUGCGUGCCAUCCGACCAUGACCGGCUCAAUGACCUGGCGGGAGCAAUGAACCGGCUGCGCGUGACGACUGCGUUCCUGACGCCCUCGGUGGCGCUCUUCCUAUCCCCGGAGGAGGUGCCCACGCUGCGAACACUGGGCUUGAUCGGCGAGGUUGUAACCAACAAUCUCGCCCGGAAAUGGCAGGACCAAGUGCGGUUGGUCAACAGCUAUGGCCCGGCGGAAUGUACUGUCAAGGCGUCCUUUUCGGUCUUGCGCGAGGGGAUCGCCGCCGCCAAUAUCGGACACGGCCAUGGAUGUCUGCUCUGGGUGGUCGAACCCGACAACAGCGACCGCCUGGUGCCGGUGGGCUGCACUGGGGAGCUGCUGAUCGAAGGGCCCUUGGUCUCUCGCGGCUAUCUCGAUCCCGAGCAGACUGCCCGAGCCUUCAUUCCGCCGCCGCGAUGGCGGACGGGGGCGGUCCCGACGACACGACUGUACAAAACGGGAGACUUGGUGAAGUCGAUGCCGGAUGGCAGCCUGGUCUACAUCGGCCGCAAGGACAGCCAGAUUAAACUCAACGGGCAACGGGUGGAGAUGGGGGAGGUCGAGAAGUCCAUCCAGAGCGAUGCACUCGUCCAGCAGUGCGUCGUGCUCUUGCCCACAAGGGGACCGUGCAAGAAGAAGCUCGUUGCGGUCGUCGUUCUCGCGGCAGUGGUGUUGGACCAUCAUUCCACGGGGGUGGAUAUGUGCCCGCUGAGCGAUGCCGGAGAUAGAGAAAAGGCUGUUACCGAGAUAGCCACCAUUCGAGACAGAUUGGCCACCACGCUCCCCAACUACAUGAUCCCAUCGGUUUGGCUCGUGUGCCCCAACCUUCCCUGGACGGCAUCGCGCAAGGUGGAUCGGCCCAUGGUCUCGCGGUGGGUGGACAGUCUGGAUAAUGACACCUACCGGAGAGCAGUGGUCGAGGAGGAAGCCGACGCAGUCGGGGAUCGGCCUGCGGAUUCUGCCUCGGGGUCAGAGAUGGAGGAGCGCCUGCGGGAUGUAGUUGCGCGCGUGUUGAACAUCCCCAGAGACGACCACCUGUCGCGGGGCCGGUCCUUCCUGAAUCUCGGCGGUGACUCCAUCACGGCCAUGCAGCUGGUGGUGCUCUGCCGCAACGAGGGAAUCCACAUCCUCUUCAAAGACGUCAUGCGCAGCUCGUCCAUUACCGCACUGGCGCAAGGGGCGGAGAGUGUUGUCGACCGUCGUGCCUCCCAUCAGGCCACGGAGCAGUGGGACACUCCUUUCGGGUUGACUCCGAUUCAGCAGCUCUACUUCGAGGAGAUCUCGCAGGGAAGAACGGAUCUGUCGGCCAAUCGAUUCAACCAAAGCUUCUUGCUCCGGCUGACUCGCCCCCGGUCCAUUGAACAGUUGCGGUCCGCCACGGACCAGAUCGUGCAGCGCCAUUCCAUGUUGCGCGCACGAUACCGCUCGUCUCAUCGCGGCGCAUGGACACAGAUGAUCCCCAGUCAAACUCGGGGAUCGUAUCGGUUCCGGGAGCAUGCGAUUGCCAGCGAGGAGGACGCAUUCGGGCUCGCCUUGCGCGCGCAGGAAGAGCUGGAUAUCCAAAACGGACCGGUCUUCGCUGUGGACGUGUUUACUAUGGCGGGACGUCCGUCGCUGGUCUUCUUGGUUGCGCACCACCUGGUCAUCGACCUGGUCUCCUGGCGCAUCCUCUUCCAGGAACUGGAGGACUCGUUGGCCGCAAAUGCGUCUCCUCCGGGCCUCGUCCCGUUCUCCUUCCAGCGCUGGCAGCAGCUCCAAGCCGACUAUGCCACGCGCCACCUUCCACCGAGUCUGGCCUUACCAUACGCGAUUCCACCAGCAAAUUACGACUACUGGGGCAUGACGAAUGUUCCCAACAAGCACGAAGAGACCGUGCAGCGGGCUGUGGCAUUGACCCGGCAAGAAACGGAGCUCUUGCUUACCCACUGCCACGCAUCGAUGAGAACAGAGCCAUUGGACGUCCUCAUUGCCGCUCUCCUUUUGUCGUUUGCUCAGACGUUUGGCCGCGAGCCCCCGGCGGUCUUCAAUGAAGGCCAUGGACGGCAGCCUGCGGUGACCGGGCCGCUCGCGGAGAUUGAUCUGUCCGACUCGGUCGGUUGGUUCACCACCAUCUUUCCGUUCCAUGUCCCCGUGCAUCCCCAUCAGACGGCCGUAGAGCUGGUUCGACGCGUCAAGGACCAAAGAAAGGAGCUCCCGGCGAACGGAUGGUCAUACUUUGCGUCCAAAUAUCUCCACGAGGAAGGUGUGCGAGCCUUUGCCAACCACAUGCCGAUGGAGAUCCUGUUCAAUUAUCUGGGGCUGUAUCAGGGAUUGGAGAGAGCAGACGGUUUGUUCCAGCGAGUCCCUUUUCAUGAAGGCGAUGUGGGACCGGGCGUUCGACGGUAUACGUUGUUUGAGAUCAACGUCUACGUGAUCCACGGAUGUGCCCAGGUCACCUUUGCCUUCCAUCGGAAGAUGAAACACCAGCAGCGGAUUGACGACUGGAUUGGAAACUACACCAAGAUGCUGAAGGAGUUCUCUGAGCAGCUCGCCAGCGCAGAUGUCGUGCUGACUCGCAGUGACUAUCCUCUGCUACCCAUCUCUUAUCCCCGCUUGGACGAGUUGUCGACGCAGCGGCUGCCCGAGUUGGGAUAUGCCAUGGAGGAUAUUGAAGAUCUCUAUCCGUGCUCCCCCCUCCAGGAGGGGAUCCUUUUGAGCCAAACUCGCAUGGAAGAGACAUAUCGGUACCAUGCGAUUAUGCGCCUGGACUCGAUCCGCGGGGAGCCCGCGGAAGCCCAGCGACUGCUGUCGGCCUGGCAGCAGGUCGUUGAUCGCCAUAGUAUUCUCCGCACGGUGUUUCUGGCUCGCUUGUCCAGCCGGCCGUUCGACCAGAUGGUCCUCCGCAAACACGAGGCCCAGUGCCUGCGCCUGGAGAAUGCCCACUCGGACGAGGAUGCACUUGCAGCCUUGCGUCGACUGAACCCGCUUCCGGUCUCCGCCAGCCAGCCACCGCAUCGCAUGGCCGUCAUCCAGUCCCCCGAUGGGGCUUUGUAUUUCAAGCUCGACAUCAGCCAUGCCCUCAUGGAUGGGACUGCAAUGACGCUGCUUAUCCACGACCUCAUGACUGCGUACACGCACCAGCUGCCGUCGACCCCGGCGACGUCGUACAGUGAAUACAUUGCCUACAUCCAAUCGCUGCCGGCGGAAGAGGCCAUAGAGUUCUGGGCCACUCAUCUCGGCGACGUCAAACCGUGCCACGUCCCCGCCCUACUAGAGUCCUCCAUCCCGAGUACGGUGCCGGAAACCCGGCAUGUGGACGUUUCCGUGCCGAAUGCCGCACAGGUACGGAGAUUCUGCAAACAGAAUGAUGUCACCCUGGCGAACGUUGUCCGCCUGGCGUGGGCGCUGGUCCUGUCCGCCUAUACCGGGACAGAGCACGUCUGCUUUGGCUACCUGACGGCGGGUCGAGAGAUUCCGGUGCCAGGUAUCGAGAGUGCCGUGGGGCCGUUCAUAAACAUGCUCGUCUGUGCGAUGGAUAUAGCGGAGAUGCGCCGCAAACCGGUCCUCGGAGCGCUCCGAGGCCUGCAAGAGGAGUAUCUGAAAACACUGUCGUACCAGCACGUCGGUUUGGCGGAAAUCCAGCACCGUCUCGGGGUGGCGGGUCAAUCCCUCUUCAAUACCGUGGUGAGCUUUCAACGGCGGGAUGUGGAGGACCUCGUCCUGGACGGUCUGCGACUUGGGUAUAUAGAGGGAGAGGAUCCUACCGAGUACGAUAUCACGGUCAAUAUCACUCAUACCGAUCGCGUCUUCACGGUGCAACUCGGAUAUUUGACGUCCCGGCUGUCUCCCCAGCACGCAGAACAUGUGUCGGAGGCACUCUCUGCAGCUCUGUCUUCCAUUGUGUCUAAUCCUCGAUCCAGCGUUGAAUCGGUCGACUUGUUCGGCCCGCAACAGAGCAAGCAAGUCGGGAUAUGGAACGCCAGCUCUCCGGCCACCGUCCAGGAGUGUCUCCACACGCUCUUUGAGCGCCGUGCCAGAGCCGCUGCUGCCGACACGCCCGCGAUCGCCUCCUGGGAUGUAGACCUGACCUACGCACAGCUGGACAAAAAGGCGACCCAACUCGCUCGGGUUCUUGUCAACAUGGGCCUUGGACCCGAAGAUCUCAUCCCGAUCUGCUUUGACAAGUCGUCCUGGGCCAUUGUGGCAAUGCUCGGGAUCCUAAAAGCAGGAGCAGGCUUUGUGCCGUUGGACCCAGCGCACCCCCCCGAGCGGUUGGCGGCCAUCGUCGCCCAGAGUGCCGCACAGCUGGUCCUGGUGGCCAUGGGAACGGCAAAGCUGGUGACGGACCUGGUGCCCCAGAUCCUGGUAAUCUCGGCGUCAUCCAAUAUGUGGCUGGGCAAGAGCUGUGAUGGCUUGAUACAUGACCGGGCUCCGUCCCCGACGAAUGUGGCAUACACACUCUUCACCUCGGGCAGCACGGGCACCCCCAAGGGGGUGGUAAUGGAGCAUGCGGCGGCCUGUACCAGUGUCAUUCACCACGGUCGAGAAAUUGGAUGCAGUGCAGCCACCCGCAUGUUCCAAUUCGCGGCGUUCACGUUCGAUGCGUGUAUCCUGGAGAUCUUCACCACGCUCGCCUAUGGGGGUUGCAUCUGCAUUCCGUCCGAGGCCGAGCGAAUGAGCGAUAUUGCCGGCUCCAUUCAGCGACUACAGGUCAAUACAUCGUUCCUCACACCGUCCGUCAUCCGCAUUCUGCGGCCAGAGCAGGUGCCCGGUCUCACCACACUCAUCCUGGGCGGAGAAGCGCUGGAUCCGGACAACAUCCGGACUUGGGCAGGUCACCUCCGCCUGAUGAACGGCUACGGGCCGACCGAAACCUGUGUCUUCUGCGUGAUGAACACCUUCGCCAGCCCCACGGACCGCAAUGUCCUCGGCCGUGCCGUGAGCUCUCUCUCGUGGAUUGUUCGCCCGGGGAAUCAUCAGCAGCUGGCCCCCAUCGGAUCCGUUGGAGAGCUACUGGUCCAAGGCGGAACCUUGGCCCGGGGCUACCUCCAUGACGAGGCCAAAACCGCCGAGGUCUUCGUCACGGAUCCGGCGUUCUUCUCCCCGAAGACAGAUCGAGGCCAAAGUCGGUUCUACAAGACGGGGGAUCUGGUCCGCUAUAACCCGGAUGGGACCAUUACGUACCUCGGACGAAAAGACACGCAAAUCAAGUUGAGGGGACAGCGCAUUGAGCUCGCGGAGAUUGAACACCAAAUCCAACGCCAUCUCCCUUCCAACUCGCACGUCGCCGUCGAAGUGGUCCUGCCGCACGGUGAGAAGGAGCAGGCCCUGCUGGCGGCAUUUAUCUGUCCACCAAACCGUGUGGGAGCGGGAGACUUUCUCGCGGAGAUCACACCGGAGGUUCGAAGCCAACUCGGCCAUCUGAAGACAUCCCUGACUGGGGUCCUUCCUCUAUACAUGCAGCCCUCGCUCUACCUUCCCACGAACUGGAUGCCGACCACCUCCGCCAAGAAGAUGGACCGGCAGUUCCUUCGCCAAUGUGGCGCAUCCCUGUCGGACCCGGCACUGAAAACGUACUCCCUGCUGGAAGACCGUCGCAGAGUGCCCAGCACCGUGUUGGAGAAGAAGGUGCAAGAGGUAUGGCAUCGCGUUCUCAAGGUACCCAGAGACCAGAUUCGGGCGGACGACGAUUUCUUUCAAGUCGGGGGUGAUUCGAUCGCGGCCAUGAAAAUCGCUGCCGUCACGUCCGACGAUAUGCUCAUCAUCACCGUGGCAGAUAUCUUCCGCCAUCCCGUCUUGUCGGAUCUGGCCGGCGCUCUUGCUGCACGCAACCCGCAAGUCGUUCACGAGAGGAGCGUGAGUGCGUUUGAACUGCUUCCCAAUCCCUUAGAGCGAUCUACCUUGUUGGAUGAGGUCGGGGCCAGAUAUCGUAUUCCUUCCCACUCUAUCGAGGACAUCUACCCAUCGACACCUCUUCAACAGGGCAUGAUGGCCCUUUCUCUCCGGGAUCCCGGUGCCUAUGUCUUCCGACGCAUCCUCCGCCUCGGUCCUUCAAUUGAUAUCGACCGGUUUCAAUCUGCGUGGGAGAUGGUCUUUCAGAGAAACCCUAUCCUGCGCACCCGAUUGAUCCAGACCACGGAUGCCGGGUUGUUGCUGCAGGUGGUGGUGACCGAGGGUAUUGAAUGGCGAACAGCGGAGACUCUGCAUCAAUACCUCGAGUCGGACUCUCAAGAAGGCAUCACAUAUGGAGCACCGUUAUCGCGUUACGCCAUCACCGCCGAUGGGCACUUUAUCUGGACUGCCCAUCAUUCUUUGUACGAUGGGUGGUCCCUCCCACGGGUCCUAGACCAGGUCAAAUCGGCCUAUAAUUACGGCAGCUGUCCCAAUCCUCCCGGGUUCAACGCCUUCAUCAAGUAUCUCCGAGACACAGAUGUCCACUCCACGCGGACGUUCUGGGCAGCGCAGCUGGCCGGCCAACGUCCAUCCACAUUCCCGGAACUGCCAUCGUCAUCUUAUCGCCCGUCAGUCCGGGGCGCAACUCGGCAUACGAUCCCCUUCCCGCCUUCCACAGGCGCUCCGGUCCUCAAGGCCACGAUUCUGCGCGCGGCCUGGGCCCUGCUCCUCUCCCUUUAUACCGACUCGGAGGAUGUGGUCUUUGGCAUGACGCUAUCUGGUCGCAAUAGUCCCGUCCCGGGCAUCGACCAGAUGGUCGGCCCCAUGAUCACCACUGUGCCGGUGCGGGUCCGGUUCCCCGCUGAGCUCACCGUCGGUGGAUUCCUGCACCAGAUCCACGAACAGGCCACGGAUAUGAUCCCGCACGAGCAUUUCGGGCUACAAAAUAUCGCUGGGGUGAGCGCUGAAUGCGCGCGUGCCAUCGAAUUUCAGAAUCUGUUUGUCAUCCAACCGCCAUCGGACGUCAUACCCGGCGAUGACCUUCUCCCCGGGUGUGAAGAAGUAGAGCUUCCACUGCAGGGCUUUGAUAGUUACCCGCUGGUGGUGGAAUGUUACCCUAGGGAAACCGAAGUCCACCUGGAGGCUCGGCACGACGAAUCUGUACUCUCUGUGUGGCAGGUCCAGAAUAUGAUGUCCCAGCUCGAACAUCUUGUGCAGCAGCUGCUCCCCAGGACGGGCAACGAGGGCCUUCGCAUUGCGGAGAUAGACCUGUUUAUGCAGAAGGAUCGGCAGCAAGUUCUGCAGUGGAACCAAACGUAUCCCGAGGUGGUCGAGUCCACCGUGCCCGAGAUCUUUAACCAGCAGGUCUCAGACCGGCCAGGCGCCCUCGCGGUCGAUGCCUGGGACGGGCAACUGACCUAUGCGGAGCUGGAUUCUCUCUCCACCACCCUGGCGCGGCAUUUACGAUACCUCCGGGUGAGACCUGAGGUGUUCGUUCCUCUGUGCUUUGACAAGUCCCGGUGGGCAGUGGUGGCUCAGAUGGCCGUUCUGAAGGCCGGAGGCGCGUGUGUCAAUCUCGACCCAGCGCAUCCCCAGGCUCGUCUCGAGAGCAUUGUGAGAGACGCGCAGGCGCCCGUGCUCCUUUGUGCACCACGCCACGAGGGAAUCCUGGGGUCUUCAGCCCACAUACAAGAAGUGAAGGUGACGGAGGACUUCAUCGACAGCUUAGUCUCCUCUCCCGAGGUGAUGGACCUGAGCCCCCACGAUCUGAGUCCUCGAAACGCCGCAUAUGUCCUCUUUACGUCCGGUAGUACGGGUAAGCCCAAGGGAAUCGUCAUUGAGCACGGCUCUCUCUGUUCGAGUUCCAAAGCCCACGGCACACGCUGGGGGAUCGGCCCCGAGACUCGGCUCCUACAGUUCGCCGCCUACACAUUUGAUGUGAGCUGUGCCGAUAUCUUCACGACCUUGCAACGUGGCGGUUGUAUUUGCGUCCCCUCAGAGCACGAUCGUCUGAACGCCUUGUCGGACGCCAUUAAUCGCUUCCAGUGCAACUGGGCAUUCUUAACCCCUACUGUCGCCAGCCUGCUACCGGCAGACGACAUCCCGUCCCUGAAAACCCUGGUUCUCGGGGGUGAAGCGUCGACGUGGGACACCGUCCGCAAAUGGCACAGCGUCCUGGAUCUUAUUGUCUGCUACGGUCCCGCAGAAUGCUCAGUCUACUGCUCCGGGGCCCCUCCGGCCACCGCCACGAGUGAUCCGGCCAACCUGGGAGCUGCGAUCGGGGCACUGUACUGGGUGGCGGACCCGCAGGACCCCAAUCGCCUCAUGCCAAUCGGUUGUGUGGGAGAAUUACUCCUCGAAGGCCCGACGGUGGCUCGGGGGUAUCUUCAUGAUGCAGAAAAGACCGCAGGCGCAUUCCUCCAGAGCCUCCCCUGGGCGCCGCCACCCAGCGGAGAUAUCCACCGACGACCCCGGGUUUUCUAUCGAACGGGCGAUCUGGUUCGCUACAAUGAAGAUGGCACCAUUCGAUUCGUGGGGCGAAAGGACACACAAGUCAAGGUUCGUGGGCAACGAGUCGAACUGGGCGAGAUCGAGCAUGCGAUCCGGCGGUCGAUGCCCACUCUGGCCCAUGCCACGGUCGACGCCGUGCGAGAUCCGGCCCUCCAGCGGCAGGUGGUGGUGGCUUUCCUGCACUUCAGCCACCGCAGCGGGCGUGCCGAGGUGAUGGACAUGAUCCCGGAGCUGCAUGAUCAAUUGAUCCAUCUGCAACAGACCCUCAGCCAGUGCCUCCCCUCAUACAUGAUCCCAUCCAUGUUUCUCCCCCUGGCACGAGUGCCCCUGACAAUGAAUGGGAAGGCGGAUCGCCGACAACUACGCGAACUAGUGCUCUCCCUGUCCCCCGGGGAGACACUGACCUACUCACUCGCAGACGGGUGCGUGAAACAGGAGCCUAGCACAGCGGUGGAAUUCCAACUUCGCGACUUGUGGGCCAAAGUUUUACAUGUCGACGCGGACCAGAUUGGAACUGGGGAUCAUUUCUUCCGGUCCGGAGGCGACUCGAUCAUUGCCAUGAAGUUGACCAGCCUCGCACGGGCACGGGGAUGGCACCUCUCUGUCCAGACCAUCUUCCAGGUGCCGAUUCUCUCGGAUAUGGCCACGCAGGUCGAGGCUCAGUUCCCAGAAAUCCAAGGAUCCCACUUUUCCUACCAACCUUUCUCCCUCCUCCCCCCGAACGUCGGAGCCAACUCCCUUGCCCAGAUUGCGCGAGACAUUAAGACCACCCCGGACAACAUUGCGGAUGUUCUCCCGGUGACCGAUUUCCAGGCGUUGGCGAUUGCACACUCGAUGUUGAAGAGUCGAGGCCUCCUCAACUACCUCUUCUUGGAUGGACAGGGGCCCCUGCCGUGGACGGCCGAGUUUGUCCAAGAUGCAUGGACACGCUUCCUGCAGGCGCAUCAGAUCCUCCGUACCGUGUUCACGGCACAGGACGACCGUUUCUACCAGGUGGUGCUCAUGCAGGUUACUCCAGAUAUUGAAUGGUACGAAACGGACCGCGACAUUAACUCGCUAGGCGCCGAGCUGUGUGAGAAGGAUGUUGCAUCCGACGAUCUGCAGCUGGGAGAUCCGUUGAGCAAAUUGAUCGUGGUGGGGAACCAGAAACACCAUCGCCUCAUCAUCCGAAUGUCCCACGGCCAGUAUGAUGGCGUAUGUCUGCCGCAGAUAUGGCAGAGCUUAAGGGAUGUCUUCGCGGGGCAACGACCCGUACCAGAUGUUCCUUUUGCCCACUAUGUGGCAGCCAUUGACGCUCGCCACCACGGCCGGGAGUCGGUGAAUUACUGGCAGGGUCUGCUGGCCAAUUCGACCAUGACCAAUAUCGCUGCGCAUUCGAAACCGGACUAUCGCAAUAUCUACGACGUACAUCUCACACGGACGAUCCCUAUCCAGUCUCACUCCGUAUCCGGUUCGGGAAUCACCUUCGCCACCAUUCUCAAGACCGCCUGGGCCACGGUCCUCUCUGCCCUGUCGCACACGACCGAUGUGGUCUUUGGCCAUGUUGUCUCGGGCCGCAACGUCCCCGGGCCAGCCAUUGAGCGCAUCGUCGGUCCCUGCCUCAAUAUCGUCCCGGUCCGCGUCUCCAUCGACUCCACCACCACCGUCGCGGAUCUCCUGCACCAGGUGCAGUCCCAGCAUAUAACCAGCAUGGCGCAUGAUUCAAUGGGGAUGCGCGAGGUCGUCCGACGCUGUAGCCCCUGGGCUCCGUUCACGCGCUUUAGCAGCAUCGUGCAACAUCAAAACAUCGAGCAAUUGUCCGCGGUGUCGCUCGAUGGCAGACCAUAUACCGUGGGCGAUUUUUGUCCGGCAGCAGAUGAGGCAGACCUUGCUAUUAAGACGACUCCACUGGAUGAGAACCAGAUGCAGGUUCUGCUCCUUACCUCGUCGCAAUCGGUGGGCGAAUCGACAGCAUCCACCCUGUUGGAUCUUCUCUGUGACACCAUUCAGGCCAUCUGCGAUCCCGAUUCCGCCACGGUGCAUGGCUUACCCUCUCAAUGGAUCAGCCACCGACCAAUACUUCCUCUACCAGGUGCUGUUUCUGACGCACAGGGUCCGGUGUUUCGUGUUAAUGGCCAUGAACAUACAAUGACGACGGCGACGGCUCUCAUUCCGCACCAAGAGGGGGCAAUGGACAAGUUGGCGUCAGCUAUCUACGGCCUUUGGAGGCGUGUUCUUCAAGAACCUGACCUACCACUGGGCUGGGAGUCCGACUUCUUCGCGGUGGGGGGCGAUUUGAUCUCGGCCGCACUGCUGGCUGCGAUCUGGCGCCAGGAGGGAUAUCCGAUCGCAGUGGAGGAUCUGCUGGAUCGCUCUUCCGUCCGAGGAAUGGCCGAGGCCUUGCUACAGACUCAAGAAAGAUGA